AAAAUGCCCUCUCUGUCGAUAGAAACGGCUACCAAAAUAACUAACUAGCUCACCAUGGCUGAUACGGAGAUCGACACGUCACAGCUUGAUGCAAAAAUGCAGACUAUCGACAUGAAUAUGCCUAUAGAGGGAGACAUAACAGUACCCGGUGCACCUGAGGAAGAUGAUGAAACAACUUUUUCAACACUUGAUGAGCCAAUCAGAACAACGAUUAUGAGAGAUUUAAAUGCAGUUUUUUCGAAGUUUGUACAUGUCCUCUAUCCAAAACAAAGCAAAACACUGCUACGGGAAUGGGACUUAUGGGGACCUCUCAUUCUUUGCACAUUACUUGCUAUGAUGCUGCAGUCUUCUGAUGAAAACAAACAAGAGCAGCCUCAAUUCUCAGAGGUAUUCGUACUCGUCUCAUUUGGUUCUGUUAUUGUUACUCUCAACUCAAAGCUUCUCGGUGGUUUAAUAUCUUUCUUCCAGACUGUUUGUAUUUUAGGUUAUUGUCUUCUUCCUUUAAAUGUGGCGCUGAUUCUCUGCCGUCUAUUUUUAUUAUCAUCAAACCAGUACCUGUUUAUUGCACGAUUAUUUGUUGCAUUUAUUGCAUUCCUUUGGUCAACUUUAGCUUCUCUGGCAUUUCUUGCUGAUAGUCAACCACCAAACAAGAAAGGUUUAGCGCUUUAUCCUAUCUGCUUGUUCUACUUCGUCAUCGCGUGGCUUAUUUUGGGCCAAACAGCUUAAUUUAUCAUCUUGACUACACGGUGCAAUAUAACAUAAGCAGUGGAAACUACUAUUCUAACAGCUGAUUGGCGGAUGAUUGACAUAUAGCAGUUAUUAGCUUCUGUAUUUGAUCUAUAUUAGCGAACAUUGCAAAGCUAACGGUCGCAUACGUAACAAGCUUAUGUAACAAGCGCAGAAGACUUGCUCCACUGAGGCAAGUCAUCCAAAACACGAAAAACAUCCGAUUUUGAAUGGUGGCCACAUACAACCAUUAAGCACUAUUAUCCAAGGCUGACGUUUGGAAUUUUCACUGGUUAUUGUACAUGGCUCAGAAUACAGUGUGUUAUGUUUAAUGACAAUCACAAAAAAACAUUGCAGUUACCUGAAUAGGAUCACAGAAGAUAAUAUAUUUAGAUUUUUUUCCCAGAAUAGUUCAUUAUCACUGGGUAGAGUGUCUAUUUGUACUCGGAGGGUCGCUAAAUUUAUGCAGCAGUCAUAUUUUAUUAUAGACUACAAAUAUAUCAAGUACAGAUGCCUAUCAAUAUUAAUACUGUACUGUAUUGCACUGUAUGGAGAGAAUUAUACAUGUGUGCACAGAGGAUGCUUUAUUCUUGCAAUUAAAAUUUUGUAAUCCUUUUUUAUCUACAGUAAUCAAUCAAAAUUUGAUUCUUUAUCUUACUUAAUAUGCACUUUUAGUAAUGUAUUUUUUUGAGACAUUGAUAAACAUAAUAAUGUUAAAUGUUCUAAAUCAAGAGUCUUGAAUACAUUGUUGAUGGAAGAAUAUUCCAAUACUGAUUUUUAUCUUGUUUGCUAGUGCACAUAAACAUUUUGCAUGUCCUAAUUGCCUACUUGAUUGUUGGGGGCAGGAAUUACUAUUUUGAUGACACCUCGUCCUAACCACAAUUGGGGCUGGACUUUUUUAUUGAUUGGACUAACUGAUGACGGUGUUCAGCGGUCAUUAAAUGUCGCUGCACUUUUUACCAAUUUUCUUCAGUAAAUUGUAUUAUCUAAAAUAUUAGGGACCCAAAUCCUGACAUUUUAAGGACAGGGCAAACAUCCCUGACUAUGGAUACAAACAAAUGCUUUGCAGAUUUCUUUUUAUAAUUGGUAUUUUCUUCCUGUUUUUUUUUAAUAAUUUGCAAUUGGUACAUUUUGUGAAUUUAAAUAUUGAGAUGAAAAUAAUUGUUUAUUAAUCAUAUAUUAACUUUGUACAUUUAUUUAUUAUAUGGUGCCUUCUGAAAUUAAAAGGGGAUCUUAUUCAUUAAA